CAGCCAGAAAUUGCCGAAAGUAUCAGUUUGCCAAAAUACCAAUAAAAAAUCAUAAUUAGUAUAAUUACUAUGUAAUUAAAGUUUCAAUCCAUCAGUUAAUAAUUGUGAUGAAUAGUGUUGAGUUCAAACUAUUGGAUUGUUUUAGGACGGAAAAAGUGUACCAGUUUUUAUGUUAUGGAUACGAAAGAAUUUUACUCUUAGAAACUUAGGGCUUUAUGUAAUCUAAAAUAAUUCUCGAAAAAAUGACAUUGAUGAACUUUUUUGGCAAAACUUGUGGUUUCAUAGGUUACGCUUUACAAUAUGCUUGUAUAACACAUUGUACGUUCGAAUAUAUUGGUGAUUUUGUCAUGUGUUCUGGACCAUCGAUGGAACCAACACUAGAAUCAAAUAACAUUCUGUUGACAGAACACAUAUCACCAAGACUCCAGAAACUGAGGCGUGGUGAUAUUAUCAUAGCUAAGAGUCCAUCAAAUCCUAGACAAAAUAUAUGUAAGAGAAUAAAAGGACUACCAGGUGAUAAAGUUAGAGGCAAUUUUCCAAAGCGCAGUCAGGUAGUACCAAGAGGGCAUGUUUGGUUAGAAGGUGAUAAUUCUAGUAAUUCUGCUGAUUCAAGAAUAUAUGGGCCUGUACCGGCAGGUUUGAUCAGAAGCCGAGUAGUGUGUCGAGUGUGGCCAUUAGACAAAAUUACUUCACUGGCGGCUUAGUAGAACAUGUUUAAAUACUUUUUUUGUGAUGUGAUCAUAUUUUUCAUGUAUAAAUUCAUAGAAUAAGGCAUGAUUAAUACAACAGCUAUAGCUUUCAAGUAAGAGGAUAAAUAAUUUCAAUUGACACAUUUAUAUUUCAUUUAGUACUGAUUGUCUAUAAAUAAAUGUAUCAUUUAUUUUUUCAUAUUAUUAUAUUUAUUCACUAUUGUUGCUUAAUGACUAUGGUAAAAGAUUAGAAUCCCAUCAAAUUAGCCUUGUAAACACCUACUGGAUAACAACUGAAUUAGAAGAAGAGUAAAUCUAUUAAUAAAUUAUUAAACUGAUUGUGACUGACUGAUGGUGUAUUAGCGAAUACUGCUUCAGAGUAUUUUUUUAUGUCUAAUGGAUAAAAUUGUGACUUGAAAUCCGUGGUGAUUGUUUAGUGAUUAAACA